CCCUGCCUACAACCUCCGGGCAAAUGUGCAGCAGCAACAGUAUAGCUGAGAUUGGUCAUCUGACAUCCUUAUCUCCCUCUCCCUCCAAGUGCCUAACCCAACUCUUCCCGAGCCUUUUUCUGAUCAUUGGACAAAUGGCCGUCUCUUCAGCCGUUCUCGUUGGGCUACUCGUCGUGAGUUGCGCCGCGGUGGCCGCAGCCACGAGGUACACCGUCGGCGACGGCGAGGGCUGGACGACCGGCGUCAACUACAACAACUGGGCCAACGGCAAGUUUUUCAGACAAGGAGACGAACUCGUGUUCAACUACCAGGCGAGGGCGCACACGGUGACGGAGGUGAGCCAGACCAACUUCGACAGCUGCAACGGCAACAGCCCGCUGAGCAACGACAACGGGGGAUCGACCACCAUCAGGCUCUCCUACCCGGGCAUGCACUACUUCAUCUGCACCAUCCCCGGCCACUGCAGCAGCGGCAUGAAGCUCGCCGUGAACGUCAACGGUGACCCGUCGUACUCUGCCGCCUCUUCGCCGGCGGCGGCGAGCGCUGUCGCCGCCGCGGCAGCGGGGGCCCUGAUCAAGCUCGCGCUGUUCUGAUGGCCGCGGUGCAUGCGAGCCAGGGUAGAGACAGUGCGUGGAAGCCAUGCAGGUUCUUGUCGAUCGGCCGUUGCACGUUGGUGACUCGUGCAAUGAAGCUGACCGUGUUUCUUCUCGUUUCUCGUGUGAUUUGGUCACCGUGCAACUCGUAUGUAGUAAUCACCUUAGUUUGUUGUGGUGAUUCUAAAUUUGCUUGUGCCACUGGUGUAUCGUCGUGUCUGGGGGCUCUGGUUAUGCAUGCCAUGGUUUGUGUUGGUGAAAUUUCUUAUGGUGGGUAUAAAUAAAACCAAGCAUGUUAAAAACAUGCUGGUGGUAAUGGUAUAGUCGUGGUUGUAUAACUAUACCGAAGUUUAAUUACUUGACCUUUGUAAUCACAGCUUGACCCCUCAACUUUAGCCUUUGCUCUC